UGAAAGGUAACGUUCGAAAAGUAACUAGCUUUAGAGGCAGAUGAAGGAGAGGUUCGACUCAUUUUCUUACGAUGAGUUUAACCAGAUUAUUUCUUUUUUCAAAAUCCGUCAAAUUCGGAAGAUUAUUGUCGCCGCGAGUUUUGCAGGCUGGGAAUGAAAUCACACCAUGUUUACAGUCUGAGCGCUUUUUCAGGACACAUACGCGAAAGCUAGCGUAUGCUAAGGACUUGUUUCUUGGCAAAGUAAACAAGAACGAGGUCUUCCCCUAUCCAGAAGUUAGCAGUGAAGAGCUAGAUGAGAUCAACCAGUUUGUUUCACCGGUGGAGAGAUUUUUUAACGAAGAUGUGGAUUCCAAGAGAAUCGACCACGAAGCGAAAAUUCCUCCUGAAACGUUGAAUGGGUUGAAAGAGCUUGGUCUGUUUGGAAUCCAGGUACCGGAAGAAUAUGGGGGUCUUGGACUGUCCAAUACUAUGUACGCCCGUCUGGGAGAAAUCAUAUCCUUGGACGGCUCCAUCGCUGUAACACUGGCAGCUCACCAAGCUAUUGGUCUCAAGGGCAUCCUAAUAGCUGGAAACGAGGAGCAGAAAGCCAAGUAUCUGCCCAAGCUGGCCACAGGGGAACACGUGGCAGCCUUCUGCCUGACAGAGCCUGGCAGCGGGAGCGAUGCGGCCUCCAUCCAGACCCGAGCCACGCUGAGCGAGGAUGGGAAACACUACCUGAUCAAUGGAUCCAAGAUCUGGAUUUCCAACGGGGGCUUGGCGGACAUUUUCACCGUGUUCGCUCGGACGGAGGUGGAGGACAAAGACGGGGUGAAGAAGGACAAGAUCUCUGCGUUCAUUGUGGAGAGGGCCUUCGGGGGAGUCAUCAGCGGCCAGCCAGAGGACAAGCUGGGCAUCCGCGGCUCCAACACCUGCGAAGUGGCGUUUGACAACACCAAGGUGCCGGUGGAGAACGUAAUUGGGGAAGUCGGAGGUGGAUUUAAGGUUGCCAUGAACAUCCUCAACAGUGGGCGGUUCAGCAUGGGCAGCGCCGGGGCGGGAAUGAUCAAGAAGCUGAUAGAGCUGACGUCGGAGUACGCGGGAACGAGGAAGCAGUUUAACAGGAGCCUCAGUGAGUUCGGAAUGGUCCAGGAGAAGUUUGCAGUGAUGGCCCAGAAUGCCUUUGUGAUGGAGAGCAUGGCGUACCUGACCGCGGGGAUGAUGGACAGACCCGGAGUUCCGGACUGUUCUCUGGAGGCGGCCAUGGUGAAGGUGUUCAGCUCGGAGGGGGGGUGGGUGUGCGUGAGCGAGGCCCUGCAGGUGCUGGGGGGGCUGGGCUACACCAAGAACUACCCGUACGAGCGCUACCUCAGAGACUGCCGCAUCCUGCUCAUCUUUGAGGGGACCAAUGAAAUCCUGAGGAUGUAUAUCGCGCUGACGGGCAUGCAGUACGCCGGAAAAAUACUGACAGGAAAAAUAAAGGAGAUGAAGAAGGGGAACAUCGGCGUGGUCAUGCAGAUGGUUGGGCAGAAGCUGAAGGACGCCAUGGGCAGGAAGGUGGAUCUGGGCCUGACCGGCAAAGAGGGAGUGGUGCACCCCAGCCUGGCGGAGAGCGCACAGAAGCUUGAGGAGAAUGUGUGCUUUUUCGGCUCCACUGUUGAGAGCCUGCUGUACAGAUAUGGGAAGACGAUGGUGGACGAGCAGCUGGUGCUGAAGAAGGUGGCAGACGUGCUGAUUAACCUGUACGCCAUGACCGCGGUCGUGUCCCGAGCCUCCCGCUCCAUCAGCAUCGGCCUGCGCAACCACGACCAUGAGGUGCUUCUCGCAAACACGUUCUGUUCUGAGGCCUAUUUCAAAAACAACUACUUGAUGACUCAGCUGCAAAAGAAUUCUCCUGAGAACAUCGAUGAUAAUAUAAAGAAGAUCGCUAAGGCGGUUCUGUCACAAAGGGCCUACAUCUGCUCCCAUCCACUUGAAAGGACUUUCUGACGAGGCCUAUGCAAAAGAGUGCAAAUAAACGUUCUGUAGUCUCCAGUAGACUACUCCUCCCCCUCGCCUCACAAGUACAUACAUGGAUCUUCAGUACCACAGCAUUGUCCAAUAGUGCUCAAUUAUCAGUUUUCACUCAUGAAGAUUUUGCAAUGCUAUUAAUUGAAAUGCUUACAUAGCAAUAAUUGUAAUAUAAAUAUUGUAUAAUUGAGUUAAAAUAUUAAAUAUAUGCAUUGCAAAAGGUACUUUGGAUAUAUAUAUCAUCUCUUUUUUUUAAUCUUUUUUUUUUUACCAGCAGUACUGUAGUGGUGGAGACGCACAGUUGUAUAGAUUUCCUGUAUAGAUCUACAGUGUUGGGUGGAUUGUCAUCUCGUUUGUCUCUGCCGUCUUUCACCGUACCACCGAAGUGCUUCUUACUAACAGUCCUGCAGUCUCAUAGCGCAUGCUUGUGAACUGAAAACGAGCGUGGGCAGAGCGGUCCGCUCCUCAGACCACGUGCAGGUAGAUAUCUCCGUAGGUUCUGGUCUCCAUGAUGUUCCCCACGGGCUGUCUUUGGGCAGCGCGGGCUGGGGUCUGGGGGGGCGAGUCGGGCUGCAGACGGCAGGCGGCCCUCUCCUCCUCUGUCAGGGACGGAGCGGCCCUUUUGUAGUGGAAAGAGUGGGGCCUCCAGUAACCUCUGUAGAGGAGAGACAUCGGUCAGCACUUGGCAUUUACUUUUUUUGUUUGUUUUUAUUUUGUAUUUUUGUAAACGCUGUGUUCUUGGCGUGUAUGUCAAAAUUAAUUUAAAAGACCAAAAGCAGUACGUAAUGAAUAUUAAAAUAACUUAAUGGUUA